AUGUACGAUUCAGGGAUGAACAUCACCCCACCGAUGGCACCUCGGUCUCCAGGGCUGGGGGGCAGCCAACCGCUGUCCUCUCUGUCGCCCAAGAAGACCAACUUUCAGUCUUUGGGAUCUUUGUCAUCAGGAAUGUUCCCCCCCCCUUUGCUGGCGAGGGGCUCCUCCCAUCAGGCGAAACAGGCCUCGAGCCCCUCGCCCACCCCGUCCAUUAUGAGCUCCCCUAAACUCUGGCAGAAGGCGUCCAUAUCCAGGCUCGCAGAGGAGUUUUUCUGGAUUGGUGGAAGUGUGGUUGCACAGCCUAAAUGGAGGCUGGGUCAGAUAGUGGAGAGGUGUAUGUGCACCAUGCAGGCCGGCACUCAGAUGACCAAACUGAAGGGGAAGAAGAAAGGACUGGUCCGAUUCUUUUACCUGGACGAGCACAAGUCCUGCAUCCGAUGGCGGCCCUCCAGGAAACACGACAAGGCCAAAAUAACUAUUGAUUCCAUCCAUGAAGUCUGUGAGGGGAAAAAGUCAGAGAUCUUCAGGCGCUACGCCGACAACCGUUUCGAUCCAAACUGCUGCUUCAGUAUUUACUAUGGGGAGCGUGUGAAGUCCCUGAACCUGGUCUCCACCAACGCAGAGGAGGCCCGCACCUGGAUCACUGGGCUGAAAUACCUCAUGGCUGGUAUCAGUGAUGAAGACAGCCUGGCCCGGAGGCAACGCACCCGUGAUCAAUGGUUACAGCAGACUUUCUCUGAGGCCGACAAGAACGGAGACGGGACCCUGAGCAUCGGGGAGGUUCACCAGCUGCUCCACAAACUCAAUGUGAAUCUGCCCAAGCAGAAAGUCAGGGAGAUGUUUCAAGAAGCAGACACAGACGAGAACCAAGGCUCUCUGGGCUUCGAGGAAUUCUGUUCGUUCUACAAGAUGAUUUCCACCCGCAGAGACCUCUAUCUGAUCCUGAUCUCCUACAGCAAUCAGAAAGAAGUCAUGGAUCUCCAUGACCUUGCACGCUUCCUGGAAAAUGAACAGAAGAUGCGAGGCCUGGCCAAAGAGCAUCUGGUUGACAUAAUCGCAAAGUUUGAGCCGUGUCCUGAGAACCUGCAGCGUAUGGUCCUGGGUAUCGAUGGUUUUACUAACUACAUGCGGAGUCCCGCAGGCGACAUCUUCAACCCCGAGCACAACCAGGUGAACCAGGACAUGACGCAGCCUCUGUGCAACUACUUCAUCGCCACAUCACACAACACCUACCUGACAGGAGACCAGCUGCUGUCUCAGUCUAGAGUGGAGAUGUACGCCUAUGUUCUCCAGGCUGGCUGUCGCUGUGUGGAGGUGGACUGCUGGGAUGGGCCCGAUGGAGAGCCCAUUAUCCACCAUGGUUACACCUUGACGUCCAAAAUUCUCUUCAAAGACGUUAUUGAAACAAUCAACAAAUAUGCCUUCACAAAGUCACAGUACCCAGUGAUCUUGUCCAUAGAGAACCACUGCACCGUGCCCCAGCAGAAAAAGAUGGCUGAGUAUCUGAGAGAGGUGCUGCAGGACAAACUGGACCUGUCCAAUGUCAACAUGCACGAAUGCAAGAAGCUGCCCUCCCCUGAGAUCCUGAAAGGGAAGGUUUUAGUCAAGGGGAAGAAGCUGCCAGCAAACCUUGACUCUGAUGCAGAGGAAGGUGAUGUGUCUGAUGAAGACACUGGUGAUGAGGACGAAGAGGAAGAUGACGACGACGAUGAUGAUAAUCCACAGAGGAAAAAGAGAGUUCGAGUUAAAAACAAGUCGAUGUCUGAUGGAGAAUCGGACUACAGCAGCAGCAGGGAAAGGACCCAAAUUGUUUACCAUCCCAAGAAGCGGAAAACAAUGAGGCUGUCUCGAGCUCUGUCUGACCUGGUCAAAUACACGAAAUCUGUCCGUGUGCAUGACAUAGAAACACAAGCAUUUACAAACAGUUGGCAGGUGUCUUCCCUUAACGAGACUGUUAUGAACCAGAUCUUACAGCUGAAACCCGCUGAGUUGGUGCGUUUCAACCAGCGCCAGCUUCUGAGAGUCUACCCGUCCAACUACAGGGUGGACUCAAGCAACUUCAACCCACAACCAUACUGGAAUGCAGGAUGCCAUAUGGUUGCGAUGAACUAUCAAACAGAAGGACGAAUGCUUGAACUGAACCGAGCCAAGUUCUCAAGCAACGGAAACUGUGGAUAUAUUCUGAAACCUAAGUGCAUGUGUAAAGCUGCCUUUAACCCCAUGUUGGAGGAUCCUGUGCCAGGACACAGAAAGACUCAGUUAGUGCUGAAGAUAAUCAGCGGACAGCAGCUUCCCAAACCUAAAGACUCCAUGUUCGGGGACAGAGGAGAGAUUAUCGAUCCCUUUGUGGAGGUUGAGAUUAUCGGUCUGCCUGUUGAUUGUUCCAAGCAGCAGACCAGGGUGGUGGAUGAUAAUGGUUUCAACCCGAUGUGGGAGGAGACCCUCGUCUUCAGCAUUCAAAUGCCGCAGAUCGCCCUGGUGCGUUUCCAGGUGUGGGAUCAUGAUCCUAUUGGACGAGAUUUCAUUGGACAGAGGACUGUAGCUUUCAGAAGUAUGAUGCCAGGUUAUCGGCAUGUGUACCUGGAGGGAAUGGCGGAGUCGUCCAUCUUUGUUCAUGUUGCUAUCAAUGAUAUUACAGGAAAGAUCAAACCUUCAAAUGCGGUGCAAGCUGCCAGAAAACACAUCCAAAAAGCAGCUCAGAAGCACAUGAAGGGUCAUCACAGGCAGCCUUCUCUAGACUUCUCCGUCCUGUCCUCAGAAGAUGGACGUGCCCUGUACUUCCGCAAGGAUGCGGAUACCAUCUCUCAGGACAGCAGGAACGGGGAGAUGUCUCCUCUGGUACAUGGGCCGGCAGCCAAGGCUGCCAUCCACAAAGGGGCCAUGAGCGAGCCAGUGAGGCGUGCUCACAGAGUUAAAAUCCAUGAACCACCAGAGACAAGGAGAGGGAUCUUCAGCCGGAUGUCCUCCACUGACUCCCACCACACGGGGCCUGCUCCCUGUGUGAUAGCGGAAAGCUUUGACCUCGAGACCUCUUCCCAGGCUUCUUGUCCUGAUGGUCUCGCUCCUGACAGCCAAAAUCCAAUUCAAGAAGAAUCGGAAAGUGAACUUAAGGAACCACCAAACUCAAACUGUGCUGAGCAGGGGACAGUUCAGACAUCUGAACCAGAGCAGCCUGAACUAACUGAGGAAGUACCAGUCGUGCAAGAAACCGAACCUGAGCGACCACCAGAAACUCAGAGUCAGACUGACUCACUCCCUCAGCCUCAGCCUCAGCCUCAGCCUCAGCCUCAGCCCGUGCCACAGCCUCUGCCCCAGCCUGAAGCCAAAUUUACUCCACUCAUCCCUCCAUCAUCCCCCGCCAGGGUGAGACGGACCUUGGAGGCCCCGGCCACCCCCCGACCGCCCACCCCAAUACGAACAAAGGCCCGCUCACGCAGUUGCCCUCGAAAACAGACUACCUCUCCUCAGACGCCGACGGUGAACCGCAAACCCGCUCUCCACUGGCAGACGCAGCGGACACAAAAGUAUGGCAGCUACGGUAACCAGGUGAGACACGUACCCAACGGCCUCUGCCUGUCAGACAGCGCGUCCAGCAGCAGCGGCGGCAGCACUGACAGCCUGGAGUUCGUGGCCUCCAGCGUGCCAGCCGGAGAGCAGCGUGAGGGCACCCUGCAGAGGGAGAUGAAGGCCCUGUUUGACCAGAAGAUGAGAGAGAUCCGCUGUAAAUCACCGCUUUUUCUAGAAGAUGAGAGCACAGUUUAAUUUUGUGACUCCAAAGACACCAAACUCUUCAGAGGAAGACGAUGAGCAACAACUGCAAAACAAAGGAGGUGUGGGAGGACGAACAAAGAUGAGGCGAUGAUGAGGAACAAAGCAGUUCUGAUUUUCUCUCUAGAUACAUGGGAAGACACAAAGCAGAAUUACACAGUUAGACAGUUUUUAUUACUUUAGGCUUGUUGUAUGUAUGUUUACAAUCCACACAGUUGUAUUCAUGCUACUGGAAUGUUUACAAACAACAGUUUUUAAGCAUGAAAUAGUUUGUAAAAAGAAAAUCAUGUGAUGCCAUUGCCAACUGUACAAAACAGCGUGAUGAAGAGUCACAAAAAAGGAUCAGCAAAUAAAAUGUAUCAGUAUUUGCUAGUGAUGUGUUAGUUUUCAAGUGUAAACGUGGAUCAUUUCAACAAUUAUUUUCAUAAUAUUCAAACUACAAUGUUUGCUUUUCCACUGAAACUGUAGCAUUUGUACUUGAUUAUUUUAAUAAAA